AAAAAAAAAUACAAAGACAAUAUGAAAAGUAAUUUUCUAAUUUUUACAUGUUAUUUUAUAACAAUCAGUUUAAUUUUCGUGACUAGAAUAAAUGCUGCUGAAGAAGGAAUUCAACUACAAGCUGAAAUAGGCCAACAAUUGGCUGUUAAAAUAACAGGUCCACCAGGAAAUCUUCCAAUUGUUGGAUGUUUAAUUAUAAAUAUAAAGAAUCCAGCAAUUAAACACACAUAUUUUUACAAGUCAACUGAUAAUAAUGGUGAACGUGAAAUAUCGAUCAAUGGAACUGAAGAUUUAGAUCAUCAUGGGAAUAAUAAUUCUUGUUCAUUUAUUAUAAAAAAUUUUACCGACAAAUUUAUUGGUGAAUGGAUAAUUGAAACACAGUAUAAAGAAAAUUUUGAUUAUUCUGGAUUAUUCAAGUACAAAGAAGACUACAUUACAAUUAAAAUAUAAUAAUGAUUUUUUUUUAAAUAUUAAAAAAAGUAAUGAUUAAUAAUAAAAUCAGAGACUCAAGACAAAACUAAUUGAGCUUUUCCU